AUGGGUUUCUUUAGCAAAGGGGAAAAGAAAAAACCAGAAGUUGUGGAUACGCCGGAAUGCGACCUUUGGCAUAAGCCGUUCGAAAGGCGUGCUGUCCUCCAGUUGGAGGACGAUAUUCUGGAGCAAAGACCUGAGGUUUCCCAAACGUCGUAUUUGGCUUCAUUAUCAACAAAUUCGAGGAAACUCGUCGUCCCAUGCGAGCAAAACUUGUUCCAAUUCCACGACAACUACCGUCCACCGUACUACGGGACUUGGAGAACGCGAAGUGCUACGAUUACAGGACGUCGUCCAUUCACUACAAAGGAGGAGAAUAUCGACUACGAAGUGGACUCGGAUGCUGAAUGGGAAGAGGAGCCUUCAGAUGCUGAAGAGUGCAAAUCAGAUGAAGAGGAUGACGCAGGAGGUGAUUCGGACGUGGACUCGGAUCACGAGGCGUUUUUCGUGGAACCCGGCUACCUAUCCGAUGGCGAGGGCGACGAGGCCGAUGACGAUUGCGACGAGGGUCAGGCAGCAGAGCUCGACGAGGCACUACACCAUCACGAUGCCAAGGACGAAGAGGAGCGCCGCGCGCGGCUCGCGGCGCGUGCGCGCGAAUGGAAGACUCGGGUGCUCGGCCGUAAGCAGCCGACCGUGCUGGUGCCGCGGUGCGUGGGCCCGAUCUACUGUGCCGCGCCGCAACCGCUUGCUGCACUGCGAGUUGUGCUUUUCUGA